AUGGCGAUGCCCUUUGCCUCCCUGUCGCCGGCAGCCGACCACCACCGCUCCUCCAUCUUCCCCUUCUGCCGCUCCUCCCCUCUCUACUCCGUCGGCGAGGAGGCGUCUCCGCAGCAGCAGCAGCACGCGAUGAGCGCGCGGUGGGCGGCCCGGCCGGCGCCCUUCACGGCGGCGCAGUACGAGGAGCUGGAGCACCAGGCGCUCAUCUACAAGUACCUCGUCGCCGGCGUCCCCGUCCCGCCGGAUCUCCUCCUCCCCAUCCGCCGGGGCUUCGACUCCCUCGCCGCGCGCUUCUACCACCACCCCGCCCUUGGCUACGGCUCCUACUUCGGCAAGAAGCUGGACCCGGAGCCGGGGCGGUGCCGGCGUACGGAUGGCAAGAAGUGGCGGUGCGCCAAGGAGGCCGCCCAGGACUCCAAGUACUGCGAGCGCCACAUGCACCGCGGCCGCAACCGUUCAAGAAAGCCUGUGGAAACGCAGAUCGUCGCAUCACCCCACCCGCAGCAGCAGCAGCAGCAGCACAACCCCGCCGCCAGCGCCGCCGCGUUCCAGAGCCACUCGCUGUAUCCGGCGAUCGCUAAUGGCGGCGGCGGCUCGUUCGCCUUGGGGUCUACUCAGUCUCAGCUGCACAUGGACAAUGCUGCGCCUUACUCGACCGCUGGAGCUGGUGGGAACAAGGAUUUCAGGUAUUCUACUUAUGGAGUGAGGUCUUCAGCGCUGGACGAGCACAGCCCCUUCAUCACUGCAGCCAUGGACACCUCCAUGGACAACUACUCGUGGCGCCUGCUGCCGUCUCAGACCUCCUCUGCGUUUCCACUGUCGAGCUACCCUAUGCUGGGAACACUGAGCGACCUGGACCAGACGACGAUCUGCUCCCUGCCCAAGACGGACAGGGAGCCGCUGUCUUUCUUCGGGAGCGACUUCGUGACGACGACGACGGACUCGGUGAAGCAGGAGAACCAGACGCUGCGCCCCUUCUUCGAUGAGUGGCCGCCCAAGGCUCGGGACUCGUGGCCGGAGCUGCAGGACGACACCAGCUUCUCCGCCACCAAAUUGUCCAUCUCCAUCCCGAUGACGGCCUCCGACUUCUCCACCACCACCACCACCUCCCCGUCCCCCAACGCCACCGGUAUAUACUCCCGGUAGACGCCUGCCGUGCCCGCCGAUCUGAUCUCUGCUGAUUUGGUUUGCCUAAGCUUUCUGGUCUUCCACGAAGUCCUCAAAUCAACACAGAUGAGUGAAACCGACCGUGAUGUUUAUGUGAGCUGACUGCCGCUUGCUCGCUCGUUUUGUAUGGAUGUUGACCGUGCGUGCAGCAUAAACAAACACUUCGUUAAUUUGUCUUCCUGUAA